UAUGCGUAUGGUUAAUGACAGACCCUUUCUGUCAAACCGAGUGACUUGUAAUUUCCAAAAAAUAUAAAAAUCCAACAAUUUUAAAUCGUUUUUACUAAAACCAAACUUCGACAUGAAUGUCUUGAAAUUGUUAUUAUCUACAGAUCCGCUAGCAGUAGACGAUCCACUGUGGUUCAUUGAGCGUCUGUGGUCACUAGCAGUGAACAACACCGUUUGGCUAGUCAUCGGAACUUUGACACUCGUGUGCUCAAUAAGCGAAGUUUGUGGAGUUCUCGGCUACAUGGCCUACAAACCGAAUUUCCAAACUGCCAUCAACUUUGCACCCAUGUUCUUUACUUCGUAUCACACCACACUCUGUUUAACACCAAUCCUGCUCCAGCGCAACGCUUUUCAAACUGCUCGAAAAUACGCGAACGAAAAAUUUUGGAAAAUCUCGACGGCGUCUUCUGAGGCCCUUCGCGAAAUUUCAGUCGACAUCAUAAUCGCGAAAGUCGCGUGGGUUACCAAUUUUAUUCUCAAUUCUUGUUCACCCUUCUUCUACAUUCCGUACAACGGGGUAGAUUUCGAUAACACUUUGCACCCAAUGAUUGCCAUUUUACCGCAGCUGAGGCUGCCGUUGACCGUUAAUUAUAUGAUUGUUUUUUUUAAUCAUAUACUUGUAUUUUGGAAGGUGUAUUAUAUAGUCCUGUACAUGCUUAAUUUGACGUACCUGGUUGUACAAUAUAAGCUACAAGUUACGAUACUCAAGUGGAAAAUUGUCAAUAUUACUGAAGGAUUAGGUAAAAAUGUUGAAUUGGGUUCUAUGCGAGAUGACGCAAACUGUCAGCGAGAGAUUCACGAGAGACUGAAGGUCUACGUACAACAUUAUUGGUAUCUGAAAGUGUACGGCCAAAUGGUGACAGAGAGUCUCAAAAUAUCACUACUCUUCCAUGUAUUCAGUGGAAUUGCGCUUAUGACCAGUUUGUUAUACCUUUCCUUGUUGCGCGACGAAAGUGCCGACACUGCAGCUUUUAUACUGGAGCUGGUCUCAGCCCUGUACAUCGCCUUUUUUUACGUCUUUUGGGCCGAAGCAUUUUGCGACCAGACCAACGUGCUAUACGACGCUAUCAGCCUGUCACACUGGAAUUGUUUUGACAGGAGUAAUUCGGUCACAAUUCUGAUACUCUACGAUAACCUCAAACGGAAAUUAUUUCUCACAGGUGGCGGCAUAUUUAUAAUGAGCUUCAGACUUCUUGUUUGGAUCGUAGAGAAGGUUGUUAACUUAUUAAGCGUACUCAAGUUGCUGGAGUCAUGAGCAGGGCACCGAAAUUUAUUGUAACAAAAAUACCUCUUUCUUAUUCGUGUAGAAAAUGUUGCACCAAGCUUUACACAAAACAAGAUGCGAUACUAAGAUAGGAGAACAUUAUUGAGUUAAUGGAAUUGAAUAAUAUCUUGAAUACAACAGUUUCAUUCUUAAUUUUUUUUUAUUUGUUCCACGGCAUUAUUUUCAUAAUGUUUGGUAUAUAUUUUGAAUUACCUCCCAAGAGGAAAGCUUACUCUUUCACAGCAUCGGUCCCUGCUGCCUGAUUCGCUUUGGAAACUGUUUUGUCUGUCAUUUCUCUAAACAAAGGAGGAAGAAGAGGUAAUUUGAGAGCUUUGACGGAGUUGCCGAAGAGGAGUUACAAAAGCAAGCACAUAACUUUAGUUUUUGAGAAUUGAUUUUAAGGAAAUUUUCAUAUAAGCAUACAUGGCCAGAGAAGUCAACAUUUUCUGUAAUUUUCACAAUAACCCAAAUUUUAAUCAACUAUUUGCUUUGGCUAAGACUUACAGAUAUUUCUUAUUAUAUACAUCUAAACAUUUGAAAAAUUAAUCAAAUAAAGUGUGACUGCGAAUCUACUCUAUGAAUAUGUAUUUAGUUAUUACCUUGUAAUUCAUUAAUACCCGGAAAACUGGAUUACAGCGACCUUUAUUAGGUUUAACAGUGCAUUGAACUUUGCGUUGAGAUUUACAUCGAUCAAUUUUCAAUGUUGCACUUAACCUCGUGGACACUAAACUGUCGGUAUGUCAGUCAUGAAAAGAAAACUAUAAAUAUUUCGUUUUGCAGGGUUUGCUAGAUUUAGAACGAUGCGUCUGUACAAUGUACUGCAUCAAGAGUUACUUUUUUAUGUAAAUAGUCAAUAUACCGCAAUAUCUAAUAUAGUAUUAUACAAAAUGUUUAAGAAGACCGUAGCCAACUAUCAGACACUAAAAUAAAUCGAAUUGAUAGAAAAAUCUAUAAAAAUAGUGUAAAAAUACGAAAACAAGGGCUGAUUUAAUGCAAUUUUAUAAAAUUUAAGACGUCUAUAAAAUCCUUUGUUUUUACUAAUAAAUUUUGUUAUAUAUUUCAUUUGUUAAAAUGUCGUUUGUCUAUUUAAAUGGUAGUUUUCUCAUAGACGUUCCCAUUUUCGAUUUAAGUUUUCUAAUUUAAAGACUGUAAGUAUACUGCGAGUAGACCAUUACAAAUUCAGAGAUAGGCAAAUUACAUUAUUGGUCAUUAUUUCGCCUCGAAGAAAUAAUGCAUACGCAAAAUUAUACAAUUCAAGACACACUCGGCAUUAAGGAUAUUUAUAAUUUAUUACUAAUAAGUGGGUAUAUACGGAGACGUAACUU